CCCAACCCUUACCAGUUACCAACCCUCACUCGCUCCAACUCUCCAAGGGGCGCAGCACACCCUCCCUCGUCCCUCCCAUCACCCUCGAGCUGGCCGUUCCUCUCAUCGCCGGCGAGCUCAGUCCCUCCCUCUCGUUCAGCCGCCGGACUGCUCCUGACGCCGUCGCCGGUUAGAGCUUCGAAGCUCACUCGGUCCCUCACUCAGCUAACGUCUCAGACUCUCAGCAGUGGAAGCAUAGUCGCCGGGCUCGCCUCCUGUCUCCGUCGCGAAGCUCUGUUCCACCGUCGCCGGCGCCAUCUCUGUUCCUGCCUCCGUCGCCAGCUCUCCGUUUCCAGCGCCAUCAUCCUUCUUUGCAUUUGAAACUUCAUCUUUGCUGCUCUGUUCCGCUACCUGCGCCGCUAUACUCUGCUUCACUGUUAGACUGGUUGGAUCAAUGAACUAGUAAAUCAGUGACUAGAAUAGUUCGAUGACCGGUUCGGUUCUCAGAACUUUGCUCAAACCUCUUCGCAUCUUAUAGCAGAGUACGCUAAACAAGCUAUGCAAUAGCAACAAUAAACCUUCAAUCAUGUCUGCACCAAAAACCCCAAUCCCACUUAGUCUUCCUCCUUCCCACCCAUCGCAACACUAACAACAACAGUUAAACAUAACCCCAACAAAGAGAUUUUUUUAUGCCCUCCCAUGUUCAACGGAAUCUACAACAUAAUAUCGCAAUGCCUGAGUUCCAGCACCAUUACCCUUUCCCACGCGCGUCAAGCCCACGCGCACAUUCUCAAGCUCGACCUCUACGGCGACACCUACAUCGCCACAAGGCUUCUCUCUCACUACGCCAAUAAUCUCUGCUUUUCACAAGUCACAAACCUCGUACUCCAUUUCUUCCCCAAUCCAACCCUCCCUUCCUUCACCACCAUCAUCAAUGCCUUCGCCAGGUCCCACCAAUACGACGCCGUUCUCCGCCUCUUCUCCCUCAUGGGUCAUAAGGGUCUUGCCCCUGAUGGGUUCCUUCUCCCGAGUGCAAUCAAAGCCUGUGCUGCGUUGCAAGCCUUGAAGCCCGGGCUGCAGUUUCAUGGGUAUGCUUUUGCGUCUGGUUAUGCCUUGGAUUCAAUUUUGGCGUCUUCUCUGGUGCAUAUGUAUCUGAAGUGUGAUAGUAUUGGGGAUGCGCAUCGACUGUUUGAUGAAAUGCCUGAGAGGGAUGUUGUCGUUUGGAGCGCGAUGAUCGCGGGUUACUCGCGACGUGGGAUGGUUGAGAGGGCCAAGGAGAUGUUUAGUGAGAUGAGGAGUGAGGGGGUGGAGCCCAAUUUGGUAUCGUGGAAUGGGAUGCUUGCUGGGUUCAGCAAUGCAGGGUGGCAUGUUGAGGCUGUGGAGUUGUUCAAGACAGUGCUGAGCGAAGGUUUUUUGCCUGAUGGGUCAACCGUAUCAUGUGUGCUUCCUGCUUUGGGGCAGUUGGAGGAUGGAGUGGCUGCGAAACAGGUUCAUGGUUAUGUGAUCAAACAGGGAUUGGGAUUGGAUAGGUUUGUGGUAAGUGCGCUGCUUGAUAUAUAUGGGAAGUGCGGAUGCACACAUGAGAUGUUGCAGUUGUUUGAUGAGGUCGAUCAGAGGGAAGUUGGUUCUUUGAAUGCUUUUCUAAAUGGGUUGUCGCGAAAUGGUUUGAUUGACACUGCAUUGGAGGUGUUCAGGAAGUUCCUUGAUGAAGGAGUUGAAUUGAAUGUUGUGACUUGGACCUCUAUGAUAUCUAGCUGUGCGCAGAAUGGGAAGGACAUGGAAGCUUUGGAGCUUUUUAGAGAGAUGCAGGCUCAUGGAGUGGAGCCUAAUGCUGUAACGAUACCAAGCUUGAUUCCUGCAUGUGGAAAUAUUUCAGCAUUGAAGCAUGGGAAGCAAACCCAUUGCUUUUCUCUCAGGAAGGGGAUAUUUGAUGAUGUUUAUGUAGGUAGUGCAUUGAUAGAUAUGUAUGCGAAGUGUGGAAGAAUCCAGUUAUCUCGGCUUUGUUUUGAUAAAAUGUUGGAUCCAAAUUUGGUUUCUUGGAAUGCAGUAAUGAAAGGAUAUGCAAUGCAUGGGAAGGCUAAGGAAACAAUAGAGAUGUUUCGAAUGAUGCAAGAGAGUGGCAUGGAGCCUGAUGAGAUUUCCUACACGUGUGUGUUAUACGCAUGCGCCCAAAAUGGCUUAACUGAAGAAGGGUGGCAAUAUUUCAAUAGCCUGUCAAAAGAACAUGCCAUUGAAACUAAAACAGAACACUAUGCUUGCAUGGUGACACUUCUUAGUCGUGUAGGGAAACUUGAAGAAGCUUAUUCUCUCAUCAAGGAAAUGCCAUUAGAACCUGAUGCUUGCAUCUGGGGAGCCUUACUAAGUUCCUGUAGAGUUCACCAUAAUUUGAGUUUAGGCGAGAUUGCUGCAGAAAAGCUUUUCCUGUUAGAACCCGAUAACCCGGGGAACUACAUUCUUCUGUCCAACAUCUAUGCUUCAAAGGGCAUGUGGGAUGAAGUAGACAGAAUUCGUGAUGUGAUGAAGAGUAAGGGUUUGAGGAAAAAUCCUGGCUACAGUUGGAUUGAGAUUGGAAACAAAGUACACAUGCUUGUUGCUGGUGACAAGUCGCAUCCACAAAUGCAAGAGAUAUUGGAGAAAUUGGAAAAGUUGAGUGUUGAGAUGAAGAAAUGUGGUCACCUUCCUAAGACUGGACUUGUGCUGCACGAUGUGGAGGAACAAGAGAAGGAGCAGAUAUUGUGUGGGCACAGUGAGAAGUUGGCAGUAGUAUUAGGACUACUCAACACGAGUCCGGGGCAGCCUCUUCAAGUGAUUAAGAACCUGAGAAUCUGCAGUGACUGCCAUGCCGCUAUAAAAUUUAUUAGCAGUUUGGAAGGGAGAGAAAUUUUUGUGAGAGACACAAAUCGUUUUCACCAUUUCAAGGAUGGUGUUUGCUCUUGUGGAGAUUAUUGGUAAUUUCUCAUGAACUUCAUUUCUAGAGACAUCUGGUUUCUGCCAAACACAGAAUACACUAAUCAAGAUUAUUUGUAUACAUUUGAUGCAAUGGAGUUGUCAAGUUGAGAGCAAUGGAUGUGCAUUGUCAUUUUAGCAAUUGGCAGUUAGAUUAUAGUUAGCUGUCCCCAGUGGGUCUCAGUUUGACAAAUAAACAUUUCUGUUCAGUCCCUUGUUUCCUUUAACGGAGAUCUUCUGUCAGCCGCAUGAUCUAGAUUAUACUGAAAGGCGAUGGUGGUCCAUAUCAGCAGAUUUUCCUUUUUAGUUCUGUCCAUGUUGUUGGCAGAUGCAUGAUUUAGCAUCAAUUAGGAAAUUUAAAGACAUAAAUUCGAGAUAUUGUUCCUCACAAGCUAGCCUUCACAGCCUCCAGUAUUUUUUGUGGAGCUGACCAUGUGUUUCAUCUGUUAUAAAUAACAUUAGUGUCAACUUGGGAUAGAAUUUUAUUACUAUAAAUCCUACUUUUAUUUUUGAAUU